UCAUGUCAAUGAAUGUGUCCGGGAGCGCGCACUUCCGCCGCCCCCGCGCGCGCACCCAGCCCAUCUGAUCUUUGUCCUACGUAAGACUGUCGCUCCGCCUCGCUGUCCUAUCGGACCGUUUCCCCUACCGCAUCCAUUUUUUGUGCAUUCAAGAAAUCUCUUGGAGUUAGCAGCGGAGGCGGCAGCAACCGGGAGAGACUCGCGGGGAAGGCGUCUGCCGAUUACCGCAGUAAGGGAUCGCGCGCCCUAUCAUUGGACGAUGCGCGAGAGCUCUCCGUAAGCGGCAGCAGCCAUGGGUUAGACUGCAUUCACCAUGAUUUCGAAAUAAAAGCAGCAUCUACACCUGAAAAUGUCAGCUCGGGGGGCCCCGGCCGCGUCCCCUGCGGCUCCCGCUCCGCCGGACCUGAGCCACCUCACCGAGGAGGAGAGGAAGAUCAUCCUGUCGGUCAUGGAGCGACAGAAGAAAGAGGAGGAGAAAGAGCAGUCCAUGCUGAAGGAACCUCCUAAAGAAGACACAAAGCCUCAGCCAGCUCAGUGGAACCCUUUCAGUGGAAUCACUGAGCUGGUUAGUAAUGUUCUUCAGCCCCAGUCAAAAUCCCCCAGUGAGGAGCAGCCAAAGCCGAAGCUGCACCAGCAGUUUGAGAUGUACAAGGACCAGGUGAAGCAGAUCGGAGAGGAGGCUCCGAAGAACCCGGAGCAGAAGGGAGACUCGCCCAUCUGUGGGAUCUGCCACAAAACCAAGUUUGCCGAUGGCUGCGGCCGCGUCUGUUCUUAUUGCCAAACCAAGUUCUGUGCGCGCUGUGGAGGACGCGUCUCCCUCCGCUCCAACAAAGUAAUGUGGGUAUGCAACCUGUGCCGAAAACAACAAGAAAUCCUCACAAAGUCGGGAGCAUGGUUCUACAGCAGUCCUGAGGGCUCCAUAUCAGGGCCCCAAGCCAAAGUAAGGGGAGGCCCAGCCGGAGCAAACCAGGACCCUCUCAGAAACGGUUCAGGGAUCCCAGACAGAAACAGAAGCCCAUCUGCAUCCAGGGACCCCAACGCGGCAUAUAACCAAAGGGAGGGAGAAGGAGGACUGCAGUAUGCCCCGGCUGAAGGUGGCAUGCCCCGCUCUCCGUCCGACUACGGACGUGACCCUGGCUGUUCGCCGAGGAGUUCAAGAAUGUACAAUGAGGUGGGUGGUUAUCAAGACAGUCGAGGACGCUGGCACUCUCAAGGCCAACGUUUGGAUGGCCAGCUAGAAGACUAUGAACUCCAAAGACGCCGUGAGGAGGAAUACCAGGCCCGAUACCGCAGCGACCCCAAUCUGGCGCGCUACCCAGUCAAACCCCAGCCCUACGAGGAGCAGAUGCGCAUCCAUGCCCAGGUGUCACGGGCUCGGCACGAGCGGCGCCAUAGCGACGUCUCGCUUGCUUAUACAGAACUUGAAGAGCCUCUGCAUGGGCCUGGUGGGCGGAGGUCACGCCUCCCUCAGUUGGGAGGCCCAAGUCAACGCUCAUACUCCAUGGACAGGAGCUCACAGGGACAUCGGAUGUCGAAUCACAGUCCACCGACACCACACCGCAGCCCUGUGCUGGGUGAUAGCCGCCGAGGACUGGCGGAGCCAACGAGGAAACCCAUACUCCAACAGCACCACUUGGACCCUAGCUCAGCUAUGCACAGGAACAAAUGGGACAAAAUGGAUAGCAUGCUACGAAACGACUCUCUAAGCUCAGACCAAUCCGAGUCGGUUCGGCCUCCUCCACCUCGACCACACCGCAGCAAACGCCUUGGCAAGCUCAGAACCAUGGGCAGCUUCAGCAGCUCAGAGGAGGAGUUGGCGACCACGCCAGAGUACACCAGUUGUGAGGAUGUGGAGCUGGAGAGCGAGUCCAUCAGCGAAAAAGGCAACAUUCAAAGGGGAAAAAGAAAAACAAAUGAGCAGGCACAUUUUUUGGAUGCCAGUUACGCCCCAUCUGAGAGGCAAAAGACAGUGGUGCGAUUUUGGGAGCGCUCCCACGACGAAGACACGGAGUGCUGCGAGCCACAGGUCAAAGAUUCAGGGGUUGACACGUGCAGUAGCACCACACUUAACGAGGAGCAUAGCCAUAGCAACAAGCACCCGGUGACAUGGCAACCAUCCAAAGAUGGAGAGCGCCUAAUAGGGCGGAUAGUGCUAAACAAGCGGAUGAAAGAUGGCACGGUGCCCAGAGACACAGGGGCACUUCUGGGCCUCAAGGUGGUGGGAGGGAAGAUGACAGAGUCCGGCAGACUUUGUGCUUUCAUUACGAAGGUGAAGAGAGGAAGUCUAGCAGACACUGUCGGCCAUCUCCGACCAGGCGAUCAGGUCCUGGAGUGGAACGGGAGGGUCUUACAGGGAGCCACAUUCAAGGAAGUUUACAAUAUCAUUCUAGAAUCCAAGCCAGAGCCGCAGGUGGAGCUGGUGGUCUCGCGGCCCAUCGGAGAUGUCCCUAGAAUACCAGAGAGCACACAAGGACAACUUGAAUCAAGUUCAAGUUCCUUUGAAUCUCAAAAGAUGGGCCCGUCCAUCUCUGUCACGUCCCCCAUGAGUCCUGGCAUGCUCCGGGACAACCCUCAGUAUCUGUCCGGACAGCUCUCAGUCAAGCUGUGGUACGAUAAAGUAGGACAUCAGCUCAUCGUCACUAUCCUGGGUGCCAAAGACCUGCCUUCACGAGAAGACGGGCGACCCAGGAAUCCAUACGUCAAAAUCUACUUCCUCCCCGACAGAAGCGAUAAAAGCAAGAGGAGAACGAAAACAGUGAAGAAAUCUCUGGAGCCCAAGUGGAGCCAGACGUUCAUGUACUCGCCGGUGCACAGACGAGAGUUCAGGGAGCGCAUGCUGGAGAUCACGCUGUGGGACCAGGCCAGAGUCCGAGAGGAGGAGAGCGAGUUCCUGGGAGAGAUUCUGAUCGAGCUGGAGACGGCGCUGGUGGACGAUCAGCCUCACUGGUAUAAGCUCCAAACACACGACGUGUCCUCGAUGCCGCUGCCGAACCCCUCGCCCUACAUGCAGAGACGCCUCCUGCACGGAGAGAGCCCCACACGCAGGCUACAGAACAAGGGCCCGUAUUUUUACAACUCAGGGUCACAGAGAAUCAGUGACAGCGAGUUCUCUGAUUACGACUGUGAAGACGGGAUUGGUGUUAUCUCAGAUUUCCGGCACAAUGGCAGGGAUUUCCAGAGCUCCACUCUGUCUGUCCCGGAGCAGGUGAUGUCAUCCAAUCACUGCUCCCGAUCGGACAUGACCCGCACACGCUCACGCUCACCCAGCGUCCCUCCAACACAAAGUCGAAGUUUAGACCACGGUGUGAGAGGAGGACACUCGCAGUACGGCCCCCGACAUCGCCUGUCUGAAGACAGAUACUCACCAGACAGCCAGUAUCUUACCCUCCCUCCUCGAACCAGACACAGACAGCCAAGCGUCGACUCCGCUAUCCAGGACCCCAGUAUGCACCCCCUCUAUCGGGAGGACGCGGUCAGGUUACUGCGCUCCACUAGGAUGGCCCGUGCCUACUCAGAUGGGGGUUACAAUAGCGUGGACAGGAGGAUGAGGAGAGAUAGACAAAUGUCUGCCUACAGUGACUCAUUUGAAUCUCCUGAGAGAUAUUACAAUGGGCCCAAUCAUGUAUCUACUCCGUGGCCCAAUCAUGUCAUGAAUGGAACCAGUGGAGACUACAGUAGGACGUGCCCCAGGAUAGAAAUUGAGCCUUCUACAGAUACAGAAAGAGAGGCAAAUAUCCCAGAGUUCCUAGCUAACCGUGAGCACUUUGAGGAAGAUCUGAGGUAUAGCCGCAGCAUGGUGGACAGACAUGAGCAUUACAGGUCCAGGUCAGCUGACCAGCGGCCCAUGAUGGAGCGACCGGUCUACACACGCUCCCGCUCGUCCGAGCGGCCCGACUCCGGCUACAUGAGAUCCAUGCCGUCCUUACGGUCAGGGAGAUCUGCCCCUCCCUCUCCUGCCUUAACGAGGGCAAACAUCCGAACCGGAUCGGUCCAAACAAGUCCCACCAGUACGCCAGUAUCGAGUCGAAGAGGUCGGCAGCUGCCGCAAGUCCCACCAAAGGGCUCCAUGGACAAAAAAGAUGGCGAGGGCAUUACUGAGCCUUAUGAAGUGGUGGGAGGGGCUUCACAACCCAUGGCCACGCCCCCUCCACCUCCACAAGCAAUGGCUGCUCAUGUGGGGAUGGAGCCUCCUGUCCUGGGCCCCAACACCACCUAUUCCCCCAUACCUCCUCCUGCACAUGCUCCUCCCUCUCCUGCACAUGCCCAUCUGCCGUCUUCAGUUGCCACUCCCCCGCCUACACAUGCCCCUCCCUCUCCAGCACAUGCCCCUCCCUCUCCAGCUCCUCCCCCUGCUCCCGCCCCAGCCCCUCCUCCUCCUCCGCCCGCUGCUGCUCCAUCAUCAACCUCACCUCUUGUCCAACAGGCUUCUGUGCCAGAAUCCCAGGAAAAGCCUGUAGCUCCCCCCGCUGUCAAUGGGAGGAAAGAGGUCACAUGGGAGGACCAGCAGAAGAAAGCUCCUGCUGUAGUGUCAGAGUCAACAGUGUCAGAGAAUGAAGAUGCAGGCACUUUGAAGGACCCAUCAAGGCGUGGGACAGACAGUCUCUCCAUGAGGUCGUCGGACAGUGAUGUAAGCGACGUGUCCGCUAUGUCGAGCGCAUCUCGGCUUAGCAGCACGAGCUACAUGUCUGUCCAGUCAGAAAGGGUGCGAGCAGGCCGCAGGAUCAGCCGUGCGGAGGCUCUUCAGAGUCGUGGAGAGGAGGGCUCUGUCUCUGUGGAAGAGCAGGUGGAAGCGACUACAGUGAGCGCACAGGGGGCGGGGCAUGAUGGGGAGGUGGGUGGGGCUACUGUCAACCCAGAGGAAGAGGAAGAACAGGAGGAACCUGAGAGGGCUCAGACGGCCACCCCGGGGUCCAACAUCACCAAGAGCUCCAGUGUGGGUGGAGACAUGUGCUCGCUGGGCAGGAACGAUGACGACGACGACGACAAGAAGAGGCGCUCCAGCUUCGGAGCCAAGAUGGCCGCUAUGGUGGGACUGGGGAAGAAGAGUCAAAGCACCUCUCAGCUGGACCCAGAGGAGGAGGGUAAGAAGAAGAAGCCGGUGCGUCUGGCGAUCCAGCGGAGUGUAGAGACUGGUUUAGCCGUCGAGAUGAAGAGCAGGAUGACACGGCAGCCCAGCCGUGAGACCACAGAUGACGGUGAUAAGGUGAAACCUGGAAAUCUAAUAUUCCCUGGAGUGAAGAUCUCUUCAGACAGCCAGUUCACUGAGUUUUUGGAUGGUCUUGGCCCCGCCCAGCUGGCAGGGAGACAGACAUUGGCCACGCCUCCAAUGGGUGACAUCCAGAUUGGUAUGGUGCACAGGAAGGAGAGGCUGGAUGUUGAAGUUAUUCGGGCUCGAGGCCUGGUGGGCAAACCAGGGAACAAACAGACGCCAGCACCUUAUGUAAAAGUAUAUCUGCUGGAAAAUGGGAAGUGCAUCAACAAGAAGAAAACACGGACGGCGAGAAAAACACUGGAUCCUCUUUAUCAACAGCAGCUUCAGUUUGAGGAGAAUCCUGAAGGAAAGGUUUUACAGAUCAUUGUUUGGGGGGACUAUGGACGCAUGGACCACAAAUCCUUCAUGGGAGCCGCCCAGAUCCUGUUAGACGAUUUAGAGCUGACCAACAUGGUGAUUGGCUGGUACAAGCUCUUCCCUCCCACCUCAUUAGUGGACCCAACCUUGGCACCUUUAAGUAGUAAACCUCCAGAUUCAGGCCUGGACAGUUCCAAUGUUCGGUCGUAGCGGCACGAGGAGGUGAGCGGUAGAGAGCGGCGUGAGUAGCUCCAGCUACAGACAGAGAGGAGACGGGUCACGUCCUGGUUACACUGCAUGCUUGAUGUUGAGUCCUCUGAGCCCAUGCGACAAGAGGCUAAGAAAAGGCCUACGUCCUUCUGCCAAAAAAAAUAACCGAAAAGAAAAUGUAUGCUGCUGUCACACACAGGGAAAGAACGACAGAGGAAGUCUCUCCAUUCAGCUCAAGAAAUGCAGCCAGGGAUUCAGUGGAGUCUGACUCUUAACUGUAGGAUGUUAAGAGUGCUGAUUUCCACCAGAAUAGGAAGAGGCCGUUUUACUCUGGCUGUUUUCUCUCUGUUGAAUUCAAAGAGAUGUCAGUGUCUCUUACCUAGAACUUGAUGCAUUGUAGCCAUUACUGUAAGCCAAGCUGUCAAAAGAAGAUCCAUAAAGAGAGCAGCACUUGGCUAAGAUGGGACAGGAAAGGGUAACCUCAGAGAGAUGACAUUCUCAUGGGAAUGACCCUACAUCAAGCCAGAUCUCCACUGGAUCGCUCUUCAAAGUUCGGUGAUGAGGAAAUGGACAUGGCCAGAGUUCCUGUUUGAUUCAGGAAACAACAGAAUUCUGAGAAAAAAUAAAUAAAUUAAAUAAUUAAAUAAUGGACCUUUUUGUGCUCUGGUAUGAUGUUCUCUUUGUUGAUGUACUGUAUGAAAUUUAUGUUUUAUUUGUUUUGUUUUUUUCUUGUUUUUUUUUUUUUUUUUUUUCAUGGAUGCAAAGUUGUUUAAAAGAAUUGUACGUUUAUUUUCCUCGAGACUUGCAAAAAAAAAAAAAGAAAGAAAGAAAGAGAGGAAGAAACUUAUUUAAGGAUGACCAGAUCAGCCAUUUUCAACAAUUUGUAUUAUUUUUAAUAUGAAAUUCUCUAGUGCAUGAUUUUCAAAGAGACUGAAUGCAAAAUGAUAACGAUGUGAUUGUCAUCCUUUAGAAUAUUUUUCUGUAUUUUUACAGAUUUCGGUUACAGGUGUGGUCUGGUGAGACUUGGUAUCUCAUAUUAUUAAUGGAAAACAAGCAAGGGAUGGCCGAAGAAAACAAUAAAUGUACAAUAUUGAUUUUGCUAUAAAAACGAACACUGUACAUUCCUCCCUUCAAAUGCAGCCAUAAUUCUUUGUUCAUGUGGAGACGGAGCUGUAGAUUAUCGGAUGGGUCUGUCAUGAUUCCACUGUGUUCUGUUACAUGGCCUAUUCAUUCAAAGCAAGCAUGUUGAAAAGGGUCUGCAACGGAUUGAGCACACUGUCUAAGUAAUACAGCAUGUUUUGAUAAGAGACAUCUGGAAAUUUUUUGCAGUUUCGUGUACAGUGCAUGUGGACCGGAGGCUCAGCCAGCCACCCUAUCUAGUGUCGUCCACAGAUUCAGGUCAGGGUCGAGCUUUUGUGUCCGACGGUUCAGACAUUUGACGCAACAUUCCACCUCUUGGCACUCAUCUUUUCUUGAAGUUUUGAAAAGAAUAAAAGAAAAUCAAAUCAAACAGAUGAAAGAAAACUAAAAAAAACCUGGGGGAAAAAAGUUAAGAAACUUUAUAUUUAUUCAAGGUUGACUUGGAAAAAAAGUUUGCAAGUAUAUUUUAUUUUAUUAUUGUUAUAAAGAAAAUGUCAUAAAAACAGAUCCCAUUGUAUGGUGCUGUACGAAGUCUCUGAACUCAGUGGACUGGACAAUGUUCAUUCUCGUCAUGUUGUUCAACGCAACAGACACUGGUUGUCAAAUGAGGAGUGAGUCACAGUUUGUGGAGAUGGGAAAAUUGCCACACAAUAUGAAUUUUUAAUUGUUUAUUGUUUUGAAAGAAUAAAAUUAAUUUACUAAUCCCUGUGUUCAUUAACCAAACCUUCUCACAGACAAAAAUACCAAAACAUUAACUUUCCUGGCCACUUGACAUACUGCAGAGCAUCAUGACGCCAGUACUAAACCAUACUAUAUACUUACUAAGAGGAAUGUGGUACAAAUGAUUAAAUCAAAUUUAGUCUCAAAAGAAAUUCAAUAGUUUAAAUAAUCAUGUUAUAUUAAUACACAGAUGUGCUAAUGGGAGAACCCCCCUUUUUUCACCUAAAUGAGUCAAAAUCUGCUAAGGGGUAAUUCAAUGUAACAAAUAAUGUAAAAAUGUAUCACCUUUUAUUGAAAAAAUU